GCUAUAUAACGAUAGGGGAGCCCCAGAAACGGCGCCCAGUUGAGGAACGUAAGAAGGUUUCGUUUGAAGUCAAAGCCAGAUUGCGAAGAUGAGUGCUCCUGGUGCUAUAGGACCGCAGAUUACUGUUUAUGCUCAGCCAAACUAUAAAGGUGCGCUGAAGACAUGUUAUGGACCUGAAUAUAACCUAGCGUUUACUGGAUUCGACAAUAGAAUAGCCUCCCUUGAAGUCACACGUGGAGUGUGGAUACUCUACGAAGAGGAUCAUUUUGGUGGCAACAUUUAUGUUGUUUGGGAGGGACAGAAGAUCAAUAAUCUACCAAUGAGAUCCACAUCCUCACUCAAACCAAUCGAAGUUCAUUUCCCAGAAGACCACUCUAUAACCCUCCACAACGGGCCGUCUUUUACCGGAGCCAAUAAAACCUUCACAAGCGAGAAUCCUAACCUCAUAGGUUCUGGUUUUCAGGACAGUGUAAUCUCUGUGGUUGUCGAUUCUGGAGCUUGGGUGUGUUACGAACACAUCAACUACGGUGGACAUCAGUACCUCUUUACAAGGGGAGCAUAUAACGGAUCGUCUUCCGAGGGCCACUUUGAAAACAACAAGAUGUCAUCCUUGAAACCGAUUGUAUUCUAGCAACAACUGAAUAACAGCCGGUUUUAAAGAGAGAAUAUUUCAAAACAUUAAUAAGAAAUCAUGUAAUAUUAAUAUGUAUUACAACUAAAGGUAGUUCAAAUAUAAACCAUCUUUCGCUGGAUCUAAGUUUGCACAUGUCUAAAUAUAUCACAAUUAUUUUAAAAGCCAAAUUUUCUUCAUCACAGAGCGGUAAUGUCACACUUGGUUUCAUGUUUAAGUUGUUUAAGUAAAGAAUCAGUACUGUACGAGCAUUUAGAUUGUAUUAGCGCUCAACGCCUUCAUAAAACAAAUAUAUCAUUAGACCCGGAUGUGAUGCACUGCUCAUAUUUAAAGUAGUCAGUUGAUAGUUAUUAGACAAUUUUAUAACAUUUGCCAUGUUUUUUAAUGAUGGAGGUAGAGUACCCUUAAAAUAAGGAAACAUGGCACAGCAUGAUAAGAAUGAAUCGGAUAUUUCGAUGAACACCUGUCAUGUACUUCGGAGUAAAAAAAACCCCACUAAUUGCCACGUUUACAUCCAUAUAAUCAUUACCGCUUGUCAAGAAGAUAGCUUUGAUAAACACUUAUAAAAAGGGUGACAGCUCAUAGUUAAUUCAAGAAAUGUUCAGGGAUCCAGCGGGGAAAAUAAGAAAAAGACAUUAAAAUUCCAAAACAAUUACACGUCAGGAUUAAUUGGUGACUUUAGAUAUUACAUUUGUAUAUCCAAAUUUACAUAUGUACUUUAAUUGAGUAGACAAAUAACUACAUGUACCUUUCAAAUAUUAUCAAUUGAAAAUUAGGUAACAACAGUUUUUGUUUCCGUUUUCAACUCAAGUUUCUUUUUAAACUUGUAUAGAUUUUCUGUAUUCUCUACUCUGUAAUGUCUUAACUGAAAGCAUGGAAUAAAGUUUUCUCAUCAAGUGCGAUGUUUUGUUAUUUCUCAGGAAAUACACUUUUAUCUCAUUAUUGGUAGGUUCACUUCUCCAUUUAACACAAACACCUGUUCUCAAAUGACUUGUAAACAUACAGAUAAUUAAAAGUGACAUAGCAAUGCAAAUAAAUUGAUGGUUUUACUUUUCCCAACAUUUAUCAAUCUAUAAUAUUUAUAUAUCAGAAUACAUCAUCGCCAUAUCUGUAAAACAAAUAGUUCUUGUUUUCCAUCUCUCUUUAGGUGUUAACCUACAAUCAGAUAUCAGUUUUGUUAUCAAUUAUGAUAUAAUUGUUUAUAAUACUUUAAUUAAUAUCACAUUUAUGUAGAACUAAGCUCAGGCCCUCAAGUAAAGGAGAAGUAAAAGAAAGUCCCCAGACUACAUAAAGCCAAACCAAGGUUCUUACUCAAGCACUUCGAUUUCGUCAGGGCUGUCGGUUUUAAUCUUAUGAUGCAUAUACAUGUAGAAUCGACCUUGACCGAACACUCCAGCCUUGCAGACCGUAACAUCCCGAUAUCUAACUACACAGUAACAUUUCAUGAGGCGAUGUUCAAAAAUAUUUUUCUUUCUGUUAUUUUUAAGGCAUUUAAUAAUUGUGAAAAAUUACUUAUCACGUUUUAUACACCUUCGACACUAAACUGUUACGUUUUUAGAGACUGAAAUGUUCGGUCAAGCGAUAUGUUUGGCAUGCUAGCGUUUACCUGUGUACACUUCAGUUGUAAAAGCAUUAGAAAAAGUGUUAACAUACUUUACACUUGUAUGGCACCAAUAUGGGUAUGUGAGAUAUUUGGACAGACAGGUGUAAUCGCCAUACAUGUGCACGUAUAAAUUCUACAAGUUACUUCCUCUUAUUUGAACAUUGUGAGAUGGGUACAUAGUGUUUUUGAGGUCAAUGUGAUAUAAUAAAUAAAACACAUACUUGUAUUCUUUGUAGACCAGACAUUACUAAAUAAAUAUAUGAUAACUCAGUUCUAUCGGUCAGCAUAUUUCCGCUACAAACAAGUGAUAACAUUGCAGAAGUUUUCCAUUUGUUUACAUUCAAUAACAAUGAAAUAAACAACUAUAGGGAAUACGGAUUUAUAUUAAGCCAAUAGAUAUAGCUAACAGUUCCAUGCCCCGUCACAGGCAGUAGUCUGUCAAAUAUACUAAACUUUUUAAGUACGAGUUGCUCCCCUUACACUACAUUUACUAAACAAAAGGUACAUCGACCGAUAUAUUUAUACAAUUAUAAACGAAUGCACACAGUUAACAGAUAGAAGAAAAGAAUGUUCCCCUACCUCUAAGGUUUACAAGAAAAUCUCCUACCCGAGAGGUAACGUUUUGCUUGUCUACCACAAGACUUUGACGGAGAAAAUGACUCUGGUGUUUACCCAGAUAAAAAAACUUUUGAGUGGAAUUUCCCUAUCCUACACACAUGGGCAUGAAAAAGUUUAUUUUUUUUCAUUACAAUAAUCAGAAUAAGCUGAUAUUGAAAUAAAUAUGUCGCAAUUUCCGCAUCACUGCAUCAAAGUGUUCCUUUUUCGUAAAGUCACGUCACUGUUUCUUAUGUUGAUAUCACAAACUUGAAAUCGGGUGUAAAUAGAUAGAUCGUACACGUCCUUCUUACCCUGGGCAAUUCUGACAUCAACUAUAACAGGAAUAAGACAAAUCAAAAUGACCAACCUGCGCAUUGAAGAGUUCAAUGUUACACCAUCAAGGAACGGGAUGGAUAUGUUUAGAACUAGAAAAAUAGAGUAAGUUGUUUCAUCUUAAUUCGAAAACAUCACGGAUAGGUACAUACAGGGCAUGAACUAUAUGUUAGAAAUGCUGUUUAGAAAUUCUUUUUAAAAUAAUGUCUUCACCAUAAUUAAACUAACUUUAAAUACAAA